GCUUUACAUGCUAGAGAACAGUCAUUUCAACCAUAAAUACAAAGUAAAAACAUUGUAUUAAGAUAUCUUCUUGUAUUUUCACUCAUACACACACAUUAAGUAACAGAAUAAUCAGAGCAUUCCAUUGGAAAAGAUGGAACCUGUAGUUCUCAGUUCGAUAAAUUUGCCUCAAGUCCCUGUGAUUGAUAUGAACGUCUUACUUCAUGGAGAUUUGAUGGACAUUGAGCUAAGCAAAUUACACCAAGCGUGUAAAGAAUGGGGUUUCUUUCAGCUGAUAAAUCACGGGGUUAGCCAUUCUUUACUGGACAAACUGAAAGCAGAGGUGGAGGAGUUCUUUAAGAUGCCGCUUCAAGACAAGAGAAAGUUUGGUAAACUGGAGGGAGACAUGGAGGGAUUUGAUCAAGUCUUCGUAGGCUCGAACAAGCAGAAGCCUGAUGCUGACAUGUUUUACAUGAUCACACUUCCUGAAGAUCUCAGAAAACCGCACUUGUUGCCACAGCUGCCUCAGCCAUUCAAAAAUGCUUUGGAAGCUUAUUCUUUGGAGCUGAAAAGCACAGGAAUGAAAAUCCUCAACUUGAUGGCAAAGGCUCUUGAAAUGAAUCCUGAGGAAAUGGAAGCAUUGUUUGAACAAGGCUUGCAAUCAAUGCGGAUGAACUACUAUCCUCCACGCCCUCAAUCAGACCAGGUCACCGGGCUCUGCCCUCACAGCGAUGCUACUGGCUUCACUAUCCUUUUCCAGCUGAAUGAAGUUGAUGGACUCCAGAUCAGAAAGGACGGUAUCUGGAUUCCAAUCAAACCGUUGCCUUACGCCUUUGUAAUAAACAUUGGAGACAUUCUUGAGGUUAUAACUAAUGGAGCUUAUCAUAGCAUUGAGCAUAGAGGCGUUUUUAACGCGGUGAAGGAGAGAAUGUCCAUUGCUACAUUCUUAAGCCCGAAGCUAGACGGAGAAUUUGGUCCUGCACCCAGCCUUCUCUCUUCGGAAGCUACUCCCAAGUUUAGAAGGAUUGGUCAUGCAGAUUACUUUAAAGAAUAUUUUGCUCAUAAGUUUUCUGGCAGAUGUUAUCUAGACAGUCUGCGAAUAUGAAGCUAAUGUACCAGGUUCUAUGCAGCUGAUGUUCUUCCAUUAAUAAACCAGUGCUACAAGAAACAGGGACAGAUCACAAAUGCAACAGAUUUUUACCAGAGAAGCUGCUGCAACUUUCCGCAAUCUAUGAUGAAUUUUUGUUAACUUUCGGUCACAAUUCCUCCUGUUUCUUGUAUACUCAGGCUUCCCACAACAAUAAGUAACAACGAGAAAGAUACUGUAGUUGAAAGUUGAGAUAUAUUAGAAUGCUUUUUUAGUUGAUUCCUAUAUAAUUCCAAGAUCAUUAUUGUCAAAUUAAUAUACUUCUAGUACUCUAUAUACAAGUUAAGUUGAGUGGAUUACCAUCGCAUGGAGCAGUGCGAGGCCAAUUUGAGUAGUACUCCCUUUCAAGGCUUCUUUCAAGAAACGGUUGGUUCUACUUGUUUUGACAUAUUUGUGUCAAAAAAGAAUAAAUAUUUUUAAGAAGUUCCAAGGGAAGUUGAAAUUUGUAUUAGUAUUUUUUACGGUUUUUAUUUCUUAUCUAAUAACAUUUUAUUUAAAAAUUAUCUAAAUACUUAGAUAAUUUAUUAUUUAUUCAUGCUCACCACAUCCACACGCUCUGGUAACUUAAAAAUCAUCUUUUG